AUGUUAUUACGAAAUGGUCUCCUUCUAAUUGAUAUUCCAUAUAUGUCUUUUGAUUUAAGCAAACCAAAACAAAGUAAAGAAUGUGAUGGUACAACAUUACAGGAAUGCAAAAGUUCUAUUCCAAAUGAGCCUGAUAUCGAACUGGAUAAUGGUGAAAAAUUACAAACACAACAUCUUGAUCGACAUAAAACUAUACGCGAAGGGAAUAAACUCAUUUUAGUGAUCCCCUUAGAUAAAAUUUCAAGGAAGAGAAUAUAA